AUGGAUUCAAGCAAUCCUGAUAUGGAUUCAACGAAUCCAUAUAGCCAGUAUCGUAGUUAUGUAGGGCUUCUUAACAGCCAAAGAGAAAAUGUAGUUCAUCAAAACUUUUCUUAUGAAAGUUUUCCCUCUAGUGCAAACCUUGGAUCCUCUGAAAUCCCUCCGUUAAGUUCUCAACAAUCUGAAGCUCCAGCUGUACCUGAAGACACACCCGCGGAGCGUCGGGAGAGAAAGAAAUGGUCUCCAGCUGAUGACGAGGUUCUAAUAAGCGCGUGGCUCAACACCUCUAAGGACGCUGUUGUUGGAAACGAACAGAAGUCACGCAACUUCUGGAAAAGAGUAGGACAAUACUACGCAGCAAGUCCUCAUGCCAUACAGGGUGGUGAUGCGAGCUCUCAUAACCAUUGUAAGCAGAGGUGGUCAAAGAUCAACGACCUGACGAACAAGUUCUGUGGAGCAUACGCAGCUGCAGAGAGACAAAUCACCAGCGGACAGAAUGAGAACGACGUUCUAAAGGUGGCUCAUGACAUCUUCUACUCCGACCACAACACAAAGUUUACCUUAGAGCAUGCGUGGUGUAUCUUGAGGUAUGAACAGAAGUGGAUAAGCCUCAACAGUCGUAAAACUACUGCUAAUGGUAAGAGAAAAACAACUGAUGAGCCCGAGACAGUUUCGCAAAGUUCAAGCAUAGAUGUUGGAGAGCAUGAGAUGCGGCCCGAGGGUAUCAAAGCUGCAAAGGCAAGCAUGAAAAAUGGUAUAGGGAAGGCUUUUGAGGAGUAUAAGAGCAUGUGGGAGAUGAAGAUGGGAGAUUUGGCCAUGAAGGAGAGACUAUCCAAGCUCGCCAUUCUUGACACUCUCCUUGCUAAGAAGGAACCACUUAGUGAGAGUGAAGAAAUUGUGAAGAAUAAACUCCUUGCCCAGUAUUUCUAA